AGUCGGUUCCCGUUCUGGGCAAUUUCCGGGUUCUCCAGCGUUUGCUUUGGGGUAGGGGCGGCGCCGAGUCGGGGGAGGGGGCUGUGCGCCGGGCUGGCGCCCGACCCCAGCCACCGCCCUGCGGGCAGCGCGUCCCCCGACUCGCCGCCCGGAGACCCCGAGGCUCCAACGAGUUCAGAAAUGUCCAGAAAUGACAAAGAACCGUUUUUUGUGAAGUUUUUAAAGUCUUCAGACAAUUCCAAAUGUUUUUUUAAAGCUCUCGAGUCCAUAAAAGAAUUCCAGUCAGAAGAAUAUCUUCAGAUUAUUACAGAAGAAGAGGCAUUGAAGAUAAAGGAGAAUGACAGAUCACUUUAUAUCUGUGACCCUUUUAGUGGCAUUGUCUUUGAUCACCUCAAAAAGCUUGGCUGCAGAAUUGUUGGUCCACAAGUAGUCAUAUUUUGUAUGCACCACCAGCAAUGUGUCCCAAGAGCCGAACAUCCAGUUUAUAAUAUGGUUAUGUCUGAUGUAACCAUAUCUUGUACAAGUCUGGAAAAAGAAAAAAGGGAAGAAGUUCAUAAAUAUGUACAAAUGAUGGGCGGACGAGUAUACAGAGACCUUAACGUAUCAGUAACUCACCUUAUUGCGGGAGAAGUUGGUAGCAAAAAAUAUUUAGUUGCUGCAAACCUGAAGAAACCUAUUUUGCUUCCCUCUUGGAUAAAAACACUUUGGGAGAAGUCACAAGAGAAAAAAAUAACUAGAUAUACUGAUAUAAACAUGGAAGAUUUCAAGUGUCCUAUUUUUCUUGGUUGCAUAAUCUGUGUGACUGGCUUAUGUGGCUUAGACAGGAAGGAAGUUCAGCAACUCACAGUUAAGCAUGGAGGUCAAUACAUGGGACAAUUGAAAAUGAAUGAAUGUACACACCUCAUUGUGCAAGAACCAAAAGGUCAGAAGUAUGAGUGUGCCAAGAGAUGGAAUGUACACUGUGUGACUACGCAGUGGUUUUUUGACAGUAUCGAGAAAGGUUUUUGUCAGGAUGAAUCCAUGUAUAAGACAGAACCUAGACCAGAAGCAAAGACUAUGCCCAAUUCUUCAACUCCUACUGGCCAGAUCAACACAAUUGAUAGUCGUACUCUUUCAGAUGUCAGCAAUAUUUCCAACAUAAAUGCAAGUUGCAUAAGUGAAUCAAUAUGUAAUUCACUUAACAGCAAACUGGAGCCUACACUUGAAAAUCUAGAAAAUCUGGAUAUCAGUGCAUUUCAAGCACCUGAAGAUUUAUUAGAUGGUUGUCGGAUAUAUCUUUGCGGUUUUAGUGGCAGAAAGCUAGAUAAACUGAGAAGACUUAUUAACAGUGGAGGUGGAGUUCGUUUUAACCAGCUUAAUGAAGAUGUAACUCACGUUAUUGUGGGAGAUUAUGAUGAUGAAUUGAAGCAGUUUUGGAAUAAAUCGGCCCACAGGCCUCAUGUAGUGGGAGCAAAGUGGUUGCUGGAGUGUUUCAGUAAAGGUUAUAUGCUUUCUGAAGAACCGUAUAUCCAUGCCAAUUACCAGCCAGUGGAAAUUCCAGUUUCACAUCAGCCUGAAAGUAAAGCAGCUCUUUUAAAAAAGAAGAACAGCAGCUUCUCUAAGAAAGACUUUGCUCCUAGUGAAAAGCAUGAGCAAGCUGAUGAAGAUCUGCUCUCUCAAUAUGAAAAUGAUAGCUCCACAGUAGUUGAGGCUAAGACGUCUGAAGCUGAGAAGUCUGAAGUUAGGCCCUUUAAUGAUUCUACUCAUGCUGAGCCCUUGAAUGAGUCUACUCACGUUUCUUUGCAAGAAGAAAACCAGUCUUCUGUCAGUCAUUGCGGCCCUGAUGUUUCUACAAUUACUGAAGAAGGCUUAUUUAGCCAAAAGAGUUUCCUUGUUUUGGGUUUUAGUAAUGAAAAUGAAUCUAACAUUGCAAACAUCAUAAAAGAAAAUGCUGGGAAAAUCAUGUCCCUUCUGAGCAGAACUGUUGCCGAUUAUGCUGUGGUUCCUCUGCUGGGGUGUGAAGUAGAAGCCACUGUGGGAGAAGUUGUUACAAAUACGUGGCUGGUUACUUGCAUAGACUGUCAGACUUUGUUUGAUCCAAAGUCGAAUCCUCUCUUCACACCAGUCCCAGUAAUGACAGGGAUGACUCCUUUAGAGGAUUGUGUUAUUUCAUUUAGCCAGUGUGCUGGAGCAGAAAAAGAGUCUUUAACAUUCCUAGCAAACCUCCUUGGAGCAAGUGUUCAAGAAUACUUUGUUCGCAAAUCCAAUGCAAAGAAAGGCAUGUUUGCCAGUACUCAUCUUAUAUUGAAAGAACCUGGUGGCUCUAAAUAUGAAGCUGCAAAGAAGUGGAAUUUACCUGCAGUUACUAUAGCUUGGCUGUUGGAGACUGCUAGAACGGGAAAGAGAGCAGACGAAAGCCAUUUUCUGAUUGAAAAUUCAUCUAAAGAAGAACAAAGUUUGGAAACAGAAAUAACAAAUGGAAUCAAUCUAAAUUCAGAUACUGCAGAGCAUUCUGGCACAUGCCUGCAAACUCACAGAAAAACCGUCAUUACACCUUUAGAUAUGAAUCGCUUUCAGAGUAAAGCUUUCCGUGCUGUGGUGUCACAACAUGCCAGACAGGUUUCAGCCUCCCCAGCAGUAGGACAACCACUUCAGAAGGAGCCCUCACUACACCUGGAUACACCAUCAAAAUUCCUGUCCAAGGACAAACUCUUCAAGCCUUCCUUUGAUGUGAAGGAUGCACUUGCAGCCUUGGAAACUCCAGGACGUCCCAGCCAACAGAAAAGGAAACUGAGUACACCGCUCUCAGAAGUUAUUGUCAAAAACUUGCAACUUGCUUUGGCAAAUAGCUCUCGAAAUGCUGUCGCUCUUUCUGCCAGCCCUCAACUGAAAGAGGCCCAGUCAGAGAAGGAAGAAGCCCCAAAGCCACUUCACAAAGUAGUGGUAUGUGUUAGUAAAAAACUCAGUAAGAAGCAGAGUGAACUAAAUGGGAUUGCAGCCUCUCUAGGAGCAGAUUACAGGUGGAGUUUUGAUGAAACAGUGACUCAUUUCAUCUAUCAAGGGCGGCCAAAUGACACUAAUCGGGAGUAUAAAUCUGUAAAAGAAAGAGGAGUACACAUUGUUUCAGAGCACUGGCUUUUAGAUUGUGCCCAAGAGUAUAAACAUCUUCCUGAAUCUCUUUAUCCACAUACUUACAAUCCCAAAAUGAGCUUGGAUAUCAGUGCAGUGCAAGACGGCCGACUCUGUAAUAGUCGACUACUCUCAGCUGUGUCUGCAGCAAAGGAUGAUGAGCCAGAUCCUUUGAUUUUAGAAGAAAAUGAUGUAGACAAUAUGGCCACCAAUAAUAAAGAAUCAGCACCAUCAAAUGGAAAUGGAAAGAAUGACUCUAAAGGAGUUCUGACACAGACCUUAGAGAUGAGAGAGAACUUUCAGAAGCAGUUACAGGAGAUAAUGUCUGCAACGUCAAUAGUGAAACCCCAAGGGCAGAGGACUUCCCUUUCAAGAAGUGGUUGUAACAGUGCAUCUUCAACCCCUGACAGCACUCGCUCUGCUCGCAGUGGACGAAGUAGAGUCCUAGAGGCACUGAGCUUAUCCUUCCGUCCCUUGCUCCCCGCAGUUCUAGACUUCUUACUCGGAGAUGGCAGCAGACAUGGAGGUUUGUCUUACAGCAGCACCUGCUUCACAGUGAGGCAGUCUCGUCAAACAGUACCUGAUGUCAACACAGAGCCUUCCCAAAAUGAACAGAUCAUUUGGGAUGACCCUACAGCAAGGGAGGAGAGAGCAAGGCUUGCCAGCAAUUUGCAGUGGCCUAGUUGUCCCACACAAUACUCUGAGCUUCAGGUUGACAUUCAAAACUUGGAGGAUUCUCCUUUUCAAAAGCCUUUGCGUGAUUCAGAAAUUGCUAAACAGGCUGUCUGUGAUCCUGGAGACAUACGUGUGACUGAAGCUCCCAAACACCCGAUCUCUGAAGAACUGGAAACUCCCAUAAAAGACAGCCACCUGAUCCCUACGCCUCAAGCCCCCAGUAUUGCCUUUCCACUUGCCAACCCCCCUGUGGCUCCACACCCUAGAGAAAAGAUUAUAACGAUAGAGGAGACUCAUGAAGAAUUAAAAAAACAGUACAUAUUUCAGUUAUCAUCUCUGAAUCCUCAAGAACGUAUUGACUAUUGUCAUCUGAUUGAGAAACUAGGUGGAUUGGUGAUAGAAAAGCAGUGCUUUGAUCCCAGCUGUACACACAUUGUUGUGGGACAUCCCCUUCGAAAUGAGAAGUAUUUAGCCUCAGUGGCGGCUGGGAAGUGGGUGCUUCAUCGCUCCUACCUUGAAGCAUGCAGGACUGCUGGACACUUCGUGCAGGAAGAAGACUAUGAAUGGGGGAGUAGUUCCAUACUUGAUGUUUUGACUGGAAUCAAUGUACAGCAACGAAGACUAGCACUUGCAGCAAUGAGAUGGAGAAAAAAAAUCCAGCAAAGACAAGAAUCUGGCGUUGUUGAGGGAGCAUUUAGUGGGUGGAAGGUUAUUUUACAUGUGGAUCAGUCUCGAGAAGCAGGCUUCAAACGCCUCCUUCAGUCAGGAGGAGCAAAGGUGCUACCUGGUCAUUCUGUACCUUUAUUUAAAGAGGCCACACAUCUUUUUUCUGACUUGAAUAAACUGAAACCAGAUGACUCAGGAGUUAAUAUAACAGAAGCUGCUGCCCAGAACGUGUGCUGCUUGAGAACAGAAUACAUUGCUGAUUAUCUCAUGCAGGAAUCACCUCCUCAUGUAGAAAAUUACUGUCUACCAGAAGCUAGUUCAUUUCUUCAGAAUAAUAAGGAACUUGGGACUGGAUUAUCACAAAAGAGGAAAGCUCCUACAGAAAAAAAUAAAAUCAAACGACCUAGAGUACACUAAUCACAUCUACUCUUUAGUUACCAAACAUUAAAUGGUUUUAAAAAUCGAAAGCCUGAAUGUGACUGUGAUGGAUUUGGGUGGUAGUUUAAAGAUGAGCACCUGAAGAAUUCUGCUUCACAGUGUAAUAAUGACCCUUCCUGAGCUGAACACCUGAAAUUUUAAUCACUGAAAUAUUAACUGUUUCUUAAUAAAAAGUUACCUGAAAUAACAACAAAGUACAACUCCUCAGCUAGCUUGCUGCUAAACCACAUUGAAGUAUGUUAGAAGAUAUUUAUUUUUCUUGUAAAUAUCUAAAGCUGUAGCUUAGUGGAAAUUUUAGCAAGGUGAUGGAUUUUGCUUUAGAAAGUCUGCCUUACAAAUUCUUAACAAGAUUUGUCAAUCAGCAUUUAUUCAUGUUUUCCCUGAUUUUUAUCUUCUCACCAUUUUACCUCUUUUAACAGGAGCGUGAGCACAAGGUUUAAUGAAGAAGCUGGGGCUAUAAAUGUGUGUGUAUAUAUGUAUAUGUAUGUUUGUACAAAUCUCCAUGAUGUUUGCCAAGUUUGGGUGCCAAAACUUGGAAAAUGUGAUAAUAAAGAAUAAAAGUAGUGACUCAAAUUAGUA